AUGUUUAAAUGGGCGGUUAAUGCGUUGGAGUUUGCGUUCCAGAGGACAAAGAGGGAUAUAUUGCAUCUUCCGGAUGAGCAGUUCCAGAUGUUGAGGCAUAAAGUGGGGAUAUGUGUUGCACUGUUGAUGGGACAUUUUGAUAUCCUUGGGGCGAGGUCGUCGUUGGAAGCUAUGAGGGAAAAGGAGAGACAGCGGUUGCAGGAAGAGCAGCAAGGGCUUGAUUUGGACAAUCAUCCUGCGAUUGUUGAAGCGGGUGAAACUGACGACGACGAUGACGAUCAUUGCGGUGGAGAGAGUGGGCCAAUGAAGUAG